CGUGGACAAUUUCUUCGGAAUUACGCAACCAAAACGCAAAAGUUGACGAGACUAACGAAGAAGUCGUCAGCCUUAUUUCAAGAAAUGUCCGAAUUCAAACCUUCGUCUCCAAGCCAGAAAAAGAUAGCGCUUUUACAGAUUAAAAACAUCAAAUUUCCAAAAUCCAUGAAAUUGGGAAAUUAAUGUGAAGUGUAACAGCGGGAAUAUAUUGUAAUGGAGCUCUAUGACUAUGAAUCGGACCUGCAAUUUGAAAUCGUCUGUUGGAAAUGCUCUCGCUGUGUGAACUGCCUGAUGCAAUUCAUUCGAAAACCAAGACACUUAAAGUUAGGAAUGAGCGGGCUGUUGUGGUCGAUUGAAGCCCUGCCCUUGCAGAGGCCCAGAGAAUAUAAUUUCAAUAUCAUGACGGUCAAGCGAUCGAGAACCCCUCUAUCCUUAUCCGAAGCUGCGGCACCGGAUUUACCUGCAAAAUUUAAGCUUUUGUUGGUGGGGUUUGAGGCGUCGAUGAGGUCUGUGUGCAGGGCAGAGGAAGCGCUCGAUAAAUUGUAUGCAUUUUCCCGCUUGUUUUUUCAGGCCGAAGAAGAUAAUCGGUGGUGGAUCGUUCUGGAUGCAGAGAUCAUGGAAACGGCGUGUAAUGGCGCGAGAGAGGCAAUUUACCAGGCUGCACAAGUAGCAGCGGGUUUUCUUGUCGACCAGAUUGACGAUUCCCCUGUUUUCAGAGGCGGUCAGGAGAGUAAAAGAUCAGAGAGAUCAGGAUGGUGGAUUGACAAAUGGACUGUUGCAGAUGAGCUCUGGGCCACCGCCAGCUUUUUCCCCACCGAGAAUUGGAAUGCCAUGAUGAGGUUCAUUCAAGCGAGGGCUGUGGAGAGAGGAAAUGUUGUUCAGUGGUGUAAAGUUCAAGUCUUUGACAAACCCAAUCCCUAUUUCCAAUUUGAAGUUGCAGUUCAGGAGUUUUUGGAAGCAGAAGAUGCUCUUCUGCGAAUUGGGGUUGCCAAUGACCGCGCACUCAUGGUCGAGGUGUUUCUGACAGAGUCUGUGGAAGUGCUCUGUUCUCAACAGGGAGUCGAACCCCAGACCUCGUUGGGUUUGGCUUACCUGCUGCCCGGCGUGGUCAGAGAUUACAUCAGGACUGCUCUGGCACGAAACGAGGCCAGACUAAGUUAUGACAAUGUUGUGGAAGGCCUUCUCCAGCACAUGAUCAGGUACCUGACUUUUCUGAGGGGACUUUGUGUGAUUUGUGGAAGCAACCGGCUUUUGGAGGUUCCCCUGACCAGUACUUGCAGUAAUAUUUGUAAGGCCACAAAGCAGGGCUACGAGGCUGCUUUUGCAGGUUGUCUGCCUGACCGGAAGAUUUCAGAGGCGGCGGCAGCAGCACGGAGAGAGCAGUUCGUGAGAAAGUUAUAUGACGAUUCGACUAAUGGGAUAUCAGGGUUGCUUAGAAUCCGGGCAUGUGCAGUUGGAAUGGAAGAGGUGGAAAUUGAUAAGACUGAAAAUUUGAUUGAUUAUGAUGAUGCGGUUAGUAUAGUGGCAAAAAUGAAGUCCAGGACCAUUGCAAAGGCUCUGGGUGUCCCAAUAUCUCAGUUAUGGGUUAACGAUACAGGGUGUUUUGAAAGAUACUCAGGGUUUUGUUAGUUCAGACAUUAACUAGAUUAUUGGGAUGCCCAGAAUUUUCAGCCUCAAGAUCAAAUUCUAUCUCCAGCCGACUUAUAUGGACACUGACAGCAGCUGUACAUUCGACACCCUCGAGCUGAGGGUGUAGCCUUAAAUGCCCAGUAUAUAUUCAAUACGGAGUUCACCAAAAAUGGUUAGCAUGAUUUCGUUUUUUAGUUUUAGUUUUGUUUGGAUAGCCUCCCACUGUGCAUAAAUUUCUUCUAUAUUAUCUACCAUGUAUAUAUCCCUUGCAAAUGUAAAAAUUCUUUCUUGAAUUUACAGUAUAUCUAUGACCGGACGG